AUGUGGACAACAAAAACCUUUUUAACAAAAACGAAACGCGGUAACAUUUUAAAAGUUGUUAGGGAGCAUUACUUAAGAGACGACUUAUUGUGUGGGUCAUCCGCUUGCAACAAUUGCCCACAUAAAGAUAAUGAUUAUGUCCUGGAAGCUAAGCCGCAGUCCAUCUGCGCUCUCUUUGAUUAUGACCAUUAUUUAGUACUGGAUACCAAUGUGGUGUUACAUCAAAUAGACAUUCUCGAAGAGGAAGCGCUAAAGAAUGUUAUCAUUUUGCAAACAGUGCUAGAAGAAGUAAAACAUCAAAAUACAGCUAUAUUUCAAAGAUUGUUGGAGAUAAUAGGCAAUAAAAAGAGAAGGUUUUAUUCCUUCGUUAAUGAGCAUCACAAAGAUACAUAUGUUGAACGAAAUCCUGGUGAGAAACAAAAUGAUAGAAAUGAUCGUGCUAUACGUAAAGCAGCAUCAUGGUAUGCGUCACAUUUGAGUAUCAAUAAUUUGAAUGGACAAUUUCCCCAGAUUGUACUACUCACAGACGAUGAAAAUAAUAGAAAGAUUGCACAAGAAGAAGGAAUUGUGUGUUGUUCAGUUAAAGAUUACAUAGAAAAUGUCAAUGGUUAUGUUGGACUUAUUGACAAAUUGUCAAAAAAUGUUAUACCAGAAAGCUGUUCCAAAGAUGCAUUGUACCCUGCACAUUUGACACCGAGCCAGGUUCAUGCUGGCAUUAGGAAUGGAAAGUUGUAUCAGGGAACAUUUUACGCGUCACGAGAUAAUUAUUUAGAAGGAUCAGCAGUCAUUAGUUGCUUUGAAAAACCGAUUCUUUUACAAGGUCAUAUCGGUAUCAACCGAGCUGUUGAUGGUGAUAUUGUCGCAAUAGAAGUAUUACCGAAAGAAGAAUGGCGAAAGCCAAGUGAUAUAGUUCUAGAAGACAAAGCAGAUGACCAAGGAGACCUUCUAGAGGAAGAAUCGGAAUUAUUACCAACUGUAAAACCUAAGGAUAAAAGUGAUGAAGAAAUAACACCAACUGGAAAAGUAGUAGGAAUAAUAAGAAGAAAGUGGCGUCAAUAUUGUGGGAUAUUAAAACCUAGUAAAUUUGCAGGAGCAACACGUCAUUUAUUUACUCCAGCUGAGAGAAAGAUUCCUCAUGUACGUAUAGAGACACGGCAAAGUGAUGUUCUUGCCUCUCAAAGGAUUCUUGUAGCUCUUGACUCUUGGCCUAGAAACAGUCGGUAUCCUUUAGGACAUUUCGUUCGCUCUUUGGGACCAAUUGGUGACAAAAAUGCAGAAAAUGAGGUAAUUUUACUGGAACAUGACAUACCACAUGCUCGGUUCAGCGAGUCGGUGCUGGCUUGCUUGCCACCUGAAGACUGGACCAUAACGGAAGAGGAGAUAAAAAAGCGCGAGGAUUUACGUUCAUUGUGCAUCUGCUCGGUGGACCCGCCGGGCUGCACGGACAUUGACGACGCGCUGCAUGCGCGUGCGCUGCCUCACCGCACCGAGACCGGACUGCGCACGUACGAGGUGGGCGUGCACAUCGCUGACGUCACGCACUUCGUACGUCCCAACACCGCCCUCGACAAGGAGGCUGCCUCGCGCUCUACUACAGUCUACCUGGUUGAUAAGAGGAUUGAUAUGGUUCCUGAUCUUCUGAGUUCAAAUUUAUGUUCGUUACGCGGCGGCGAGGAGCGCCUCGCUUUUUCUUGUGUUUGGCAAAUUGAUGAGAACGCCAACGUACUUUCUACUAACUUCCAUAAAAGUGUUAUUAAGUCUCGUUCAGCAAUGACGUACGAGGAGGCUCAGCUGAUCAUAGACGAUGUGUCGCGCGAGGACGAGAUUGCUCAGUCACUGCGCACUCUCAACAUACUCGCUAAGAAAAUGAAGCAGAAGAGGCUUGAUAAUGGCGCUCUGCUGCUCGCCUCGCCUGAGAUACGCUUCCAGGUGGAUUCAGAGACGCACGACCCAGUGGAAGUGCAGGCUAAGAAGAUAUUGGACACGAAUUCAAUGGUGGAGGAGUUCAUGUUGUUGGCGAACGUGAGCGUGGCGGAGCGGCUGGCGCGCGAGUUCCCGCAGUGCGCGCUGCUGCGCCGGCACCCCGCGCCCCCGCCUGCGCACUUCGAGACAUUCCUCAAGGCUGUUAAACAACAGGGUUUCGAUUUAGACGUAUCAACGAAUAAAUCGUUAUCAAAGUCAUUGGACCUGGCGGUGAUCCCUUCGCGUCCGUUCUUCAACACUCUGGUCCGCAUCAUGGCGACGCGCUGCAUGCAGCAGGCGGUAUACUUCGCCAGCGGCACGCGACCACACGACGAGUUCUAUCACUACGGCCUCGCCUGUCCUAUUUAUACACAUUUUACUUCGCCUAUACGAAGAUACGCGGAUGUGAUGGUGCACCGCCUGCUAGCUGCGAGUAUCGGCGCGGAUGUGACGCACGCCUCGCUGCUGGACACGCGGGCGGCGGACGCGCUCUGCGAGAACCUCAACUACCGCCAUCGUCAGGCGCAGUACGCCGGCAGAGCAUCCGUCGCACUCAACACGCAUAUAUUAUUCAAGAAUCGUGUUGAAAUAGAAUCAGCCGUGGUGUUGGCGGUUAAGAGGAACGCUUUACAAGUCCUCAUACCUAAGUACGGUCUGGAGGGACCUUUGUACUUGCCCUCUGAUAAGUUUAUGUACAACGAGGAGGAACACAUACAAGUUUGCGAUAAAAUAGUGUUUAAAACAUUCGAUGAACUAACGGUAAGGCUUACAUUGGACAGCUCCAACUUACAGCACAGAAAGCUGGUGUUCCAACUCGUAAAGCCGUGUAUACCCGGCUUUAGUUACGUACCAGAGGACGAAACAGGACAAAUGGACGUAGAAAUCAUAGACGUUGACAAAAGAGAAGUCAAAGAACCGCUCAAAACUCCUAAAAAGCGGAAAGAUAGUGAUGUUAUGAAGAAGAAGAAGAAACUCAAGAAAUAAUAUGUAUAGUCUGUAAAUAUAUUUUUUACUACUAUGUU